AUGAUUAUUAUCAUUAUUCUCGACUCCUAAUUCACACUGUACGUGGCAAUGGCGGUCGCGGGAACUCUGGCUCGGUCAGUCGAGACUCGCGUUUUACGACGGUCCUCGGCGAUAAUUACUGCCGAAAGCGCCAGGAACGCCUUGAGAAACGGCCGCGACUCCCGGCGUAGAACCCUAGCGGCUAUUCCCCUUUCUCCUCCGGUCUCCCGCGUUUCUUCUCCCCGACUUUGCCUCAGCUAAUGGGCAGUGCUCUGCGAUUGGUGGGCUCGGAGGCGUCGCACAUGACUCGCUCGCUACGCCUUCGACCCGGUGACUCAGCGGAGCUAUUUGACGGCCAAGGAUCAAUCGUGACCGUCCGAUUGGAGUCGAUUGACCGCCAGCAGGGCCUCGUUCUUAUCGCCACGGAAGCUUCCAGGAAGGUUCCUUUCUUCGGCCCCAGUGGACGGUGGUGGCAGCAUGUGGCACGCUCAAGGGCGGCCGUUCUGAUUGGCUGAUUGAGAAAUGCACGGAGCUGGGUGCACGCGCGUUCAUUCCCUAGUGACAGAGCGAUCUGGGGGGAAGGGGGAGGGGCGGGUGGACAGAUGGGAGCGAGUGGCGCUGGCUGCUGUAAGCAGAGCCAGUCUCUUCAUCGUCCUCUUAUCCACGACUUCACAUCCGUCAGCGGUCUAGCAAAGCAGAUUCAGCAGUCUCCCAUUGCCCUGCUGGGAGCCCCCAACUCGCCACCGCUGCUGGCAGCACUAGGGGCUGUGGAUCCGUCCUUGGUGCAAAGAGGGGGGCUGCUUAUAGUGGGACCAGAGGGAGACUUCACCCCUUCCGAACUAGAAGCGCUGGUGGCAGCAGGGGCACAGCCAGUGAGCUUGGGCCUGCAGAGACUACGGGUGGAGACAGCUGCUGUUGCCAUGCUGGCAGGGGUCUCGCUAGUAGCACACUCGUUGUUAGAACAGGUAGAGUUGCAUGGCAAUCAGUAGCGCGUACUAGAGUGAUGCUGCUGGUGGCAGCGGGGGUGCCGCCAGUGAGUCUGGGCCUGCAGAGACUAAGGGUGGAAACAGCUGCAGUUGCCAGCUGACAGGGGUCUCGCUAGUAGCACACUCGUUAUUAGAACAGGUAGAGUUGCAUGGCAAUCAGUAGCGCGUACUAGAGUGAUGCUGCUGGUGGCAGCGGGGGCGCAGCCAGUGAGUCUGGGCCUGCAGAGACUAAGGGUGGAAACAGCUGCAGUUGCCAGCUGGCAGGGGUCUCGCUAGCAGCACACUCGCUACAAGAACGAGGGAGUUGAGUGGUGAACAGUAGCAUACGGUAGGGUGAUUCUGAUGGCCGUAGCAGUGUGGGCAAUGAGUUUGGCGCUCCAGAGGCUAGGGGUGGAUGCAGCUGCAGUUGCCGUGCUGGCAAGGGUUUCACUAACAGCACACUCGUUACAAGAACAGGGGAGGUGAUCAGAGUAUUGCUGGCAGACAACCCGCAGAUAGUGUAACUGGGAUGGGUUUGGAGUGCUUUGAACACAACAGCUGCCAUUUUACAUACUUCUGUGUGAUUCGCUCACAUAAUAUCCAGUA